GUCUGCGCUCAUUUAGAGACAUAAAUCCACCUCUCAUACUCGCCUUGCGCGCUCUCAUAGAAACAUUUCGCUAGAGUUACAUAGUGACUGCAUAAGCAUUCUUGUUUAUGCAGUUGUUCCAUAUUCUGGCCUACCUUCCACCCUCAUUUCUUACAAAUAUUUUGCCCCAGUUGAAAAAAAGCCAAAAGCCAAACCUAGUCCCGGGGCUGCAAUGUUGUAAUAUAAUCCUAUCUAUCUGUCCAGAAGUACUCCUCAAGAGGUUCAAACUGUGCUGCAAACAACCUGAUAGGGUUAUUUUGAAGCAGCUUAUUGCUCCAUAAAAAGAAGGCUAAAACUUCAUAGGUGCAGAAAGCUGGCGUUCUGUUUGCUGGCCCAGAGCUCAGGGAGGUGUAGGAGCCCCGCAGGAUUUAUUCCAUAUAGCCAUAAAGGACUCUGCUGCAGCCAAGCUGGCCACGGAAUUCCCAUCAGAAGACAUUUUUUUAAUGACAGCUUCCCCAGUUAUAAAAGCUGUAACCAAUUUCAAACAGGUGUCCAAAACACUCGAGGAAUUUGAUGUAGAAGAGCAACCAAGUUCCAUAUUAGAAAAACGAUACCCCAAUAUUAAAGUUAUACAGUCUGGAGUAAAACAAUUGAAAAGUGAUGAACACAAAAUUUUCACUGAAGAUGGGAAGGAAUACGUAUAUGAAAAGCUUUGCUUGUGUGCUGGAGCAAAACCAAAAUUAAUUUUUGAAGGAAACCCAUAUGUAUUAGGAAUCCGGGAUACUGACAGUGCACAGGCUUUUCAGAAGAAUUUGGCUCAAGCUGAGAGAAUAGUAGUGGUAGGAAAUGGUGGGAUUGCCCUUGAAUUAGUGUAUGAAAUUCAAGGCUGUGAAGUCAUCUGGGCUAUCAAAGACAAAGCCAUUGGGAACACUUUUUUUGAUGCAGGAGCAGCUGAAUUUCUCAUUCCAAAGCUGACUGCUGAGAAACAAGAGACUCCAAUCGAGUGCAAAAGAACCAAGUACACAGUGGAAGGAAGCCAGGAAAAAGAAAGACCUGCAGCAGCAUCUGACAAACUGGGCAGUGCCUUAGGACCCGACUGGCAUGAGGGCUUACAUCUUAAAGGGACUAAAGAGUUUUCUCAUAAAGUACAUAUUGAAAUACUAUGUGAAGUGAAGAACAUACUCUUACAGCAAGAAUUUAUACAACUGCAGAGGACUUCUUUGACUUUUCCUAAAGAAGAGAAAAAUGUAGAACCAGAUCAGGUGCUAUGGCCUGUAUAUGUGGAAUUAACUAAUGGAAAAAUUUACGGGUGCGAUUUCAUUGUCAGUGCAACUGGAGUGGUGCCAAAUGUUAAACCUUUCCUUGAUGGCAAUAAUUUUGCUGUAGGUGAAGAUGGAGGACUCAAAGUAGAUGAACACAUGCACACAUCGGUGCCAGAUGUGUACGCAGCUGGAGACAUCUGCACGGCGGCCUGGGAGCCGAGUCCUGUGUGGCACCAGAUGAGACUGUGGACUCAAGCUCGGCAGAUGGGAUGGUACGCGGCAAAAUGCAUGGCAGCAGAUGCUUUGGGGGAAUCUAUUGAUAUGGAUUUCAGCUUUGAACUAUUUGCUCAUGUUACAAAGUUCUUCAAUUACAAGGUGGUGGUUUUGGGGAAGUACAAUGCUCAGGGCUUGGGCUCAGACCACGAACUGAUGCUGAGAUGUACCAAGGGACAGGAGUACGUGAAGGUGGUGAUGCAGAACGGCCGAAUGGUGGGAGCUGUGCUCAUCGGUGAAACGGACUUGGAAGAAACCUUUGAAAACUUGAUUUUAAAUCAGAUGGAUCUUUCAGCCUAUGGGGAAGAUCUCCUGAAUCCAGAUAUCGAUAUAGAAGAUUAUUUUGAUUGAACACAACCCCUUUUCCAUUUUGUAUAGUUUUGAUACAAAGUAAAAUUGUUUUCUCGGGAUUACCAGAAAUGAGGGAUAAACGCAAUUCCCUAUUAAGAUUUUGUGUUUAUCUUGUCAAAAUACUGGCUGGCAGCCUAAUCUGUGUAGAAAUGCAGCAACAGAAGCAAGCGGGUUGGUGUUGGCAAACGCUUUUUGUCUAGAUGAACAUAUGA